CGUCAAGCACACGUAAUUGUCCCUUUGAUUGCUUGUAAAGUUUUGCCGAGAGCACGCCGAGGUCACGCCCGGUGGCGCUCUCAUGGCGAAAGAAGGUAUCUUCGGUCUCGAACUGGAGACCCCUUUCGCUUUGGGAGUCCACCGAAGCAUUGACCUUUGAGCAAAGCGAAAGGAAAAGAGAGCAAAACCGAAGAGAAGAAAGCAGCAAUCUGGACAUUCAUUAAGUUGAAAUCAGGAAUAGGGCAUUGUGUUGGUGAGUUUUCCGAUGCUGAAAAUUUCAGCUUUCAUAGUUAUGGAAGAUCUUCAAGAGAGUUCAUCAACUUCGUCCUCUUUAAUCUCUUGCUCGUCUUCCUCCUCUUCGCCUAAUCAACAUCCACUGGCAAUUGAUACUGAGCUCUGGCUGAUGGCUGAGGAAAGGAUCCAAGAGAUAUUGUGUAUUAUCCAACCUGCUCUAGCUUCUGAGCAAAAAAGGAAGGGGGUCAUCGAAUAUCUUCAGCAACUAAUUAAUAGUUACUAUGGAGUUGAGGUAUUCUCAUUUGGCUCGGUACCAUUGAAAACCUAUCUUCCUGAUGGUGAUAUUGAUUUGACUGUGGUUAGCCAUCAAAAUGCAGAAGAGGACUUGGCUAGAGAUGUCUGCAGAAUCUUUGAAAGUGAAGAGCUGGACUCUGAAUUCCAAGUCAUUGAUGUUCAAUAUGUUCGUGCACAGGUUAAGAUUGUAAAAUGCAGUGUGAAAGAUAUACCGGUGGACAUAUCUUUCAAUCAAAUGGCAGGGCUAUCUGCGCUAUGCUUUCUAGAGCAGGUUGAUCAACUUAUUGGGAAUGACCAUCUUUUUAAAAGAAGUAUUAUCUUGAUCAAAGCCUGGUGCUAUUAUGAGAGCCGAAUUCUUGGUGCCCAUUAUGGCUUGAUUUCAACAUAUGCAUUAGAAAUGCUGGUUUUGUGCAUCAUCAAUCUCUUUCAUUCAUCGUUAUGUGGCCCUUUAGCGGUUCUAUAUAGAUUUUUGGACUAUUAUAGCACAUUUGAUUGGGAUAAUUACUGUGUCAGUAUAAAUGGUCCAGUUGCCAUAUCUUCACUUCCAGAGCUUGUUGACACUCUGGGAAACGAUGGAGAUGAAUUACUGCUCAGUCAGGAAUUUCUGAGGAGAUGCAGGGAAAUAUAUUCUGUUCCAAUUAAGGCAUUGGAAACUACGGGACAUGAAUUUCCUGUUAAGCACCUCAACAUAGUGGAUCCUUUGAAGGACAACAACAACUUAGGGCGAAGUGUUAGUAAAGGAAAUUUCCACCGGAUAAGAUGUGCUCUUUUGCAUGGGGCUCAAAGGCUUGGAGCUAUCCUUAUGCUACCAGGUGAAAGCAUCGGUAUGGGACUCGAAAAGUUCUUUCUGAACACUUUGGACAGGAAUGGGAAGGGACAAAGACCAGAUGCACAAGUUCCUGUCUCUGUGUUUGGUACUGGAAGAUAUGAAGAAUCUGAUCUUAAUGGAGACUUUAAUAGUUGCUAUAAUGGUCUACUGUAUGGCCAGUGGUAUCAUGAUUAUACCUUGCCCGUUCCAUCCCAGUUGAAUCCAUCAUCGCCACCCUCUGAAAUCCGUAACAGAAGUGCAUGGGACAGCCUGCGCCAGUUUGUGCGUUGCAAGCGAAAUCUUUUUUAUCGAUGGGGAACAGAGGUAUUUGUCCCAAGACUACCAUUCUGCCAUCCUUAUGUUUCUCAACUGUCUGGUGCUACGUUCAAUGUUGAUGAAGUGGAGAAAUCACGAGGAACAGGCACAUAUAUUCCUGACAUGACGCAUCAUUCUUACAAAGAAACCUAUGCAUCGGCCAGAGUAAGGAAUUCAGAAUCUAACACUCAUGUUCUGACACUGAAAUCAUGUACAAAGACUGGUCAGGAUGAAGAUUUACCAGAAAGAGACAAGGGCAGAGAUGGCUAUUCCCUUGAUCUUUCACUGGAUGAAUUCCCACAUCUUCCAGUCAUCAAGAAGCCUACACCAUCAGAAGCCAACCACCAGUUUGAUCAGUCCACUGUUAAUUCUAUGCAGGCCAUGGACUGCCCUUCUCCUACAGUAUGUAUUAAGUUUGGAAGUUAUGAACAAUCAGUGCCACUGUUAAGGUUGCCUUCAUCACCAGUGAGGAAGAUGAAAUAUUCCGGUGCUUCCACCACUUCAGAGUCUAAACAGGAAUCAUCCGAAAGUGAUGAAGAUAUGGUUAUCAUUCAAUCAUACCAUCUGAAGGAUGAAGACUUCCCUCCGUUGUCCUCAUGAAAGCAUUUAAGGGUGGAAGCAACAGUCACAACGUGAAUACAAGCCUAUGCUCUACCCUGACCUUUCUUGCAAGAGUUUACCCCAUCUUGGAGAGGCUUUAGGAAUAGUUCUGUUGUUUUAGUUUUUUGCAUUUUCUUGUCUUCUGCCAAAGGCUAAUUAUUUAGAUGGCACUUUUAGAGAAGGGAUUUUAGACAGAUACUGCCUGCCUUCUAGCCUCAUUUAGUGACUUGUAAACAUAUAUUGCCUAGGAGUUUAUCAUCAUCUUUAGUCAUUUUUUUUUUUUGUUUUUUUUUUUUUUUUUUCCAGAUAAAAUGGGAUGUAUACUUGAUAGAUAUUAAAUUUAUUAUUACCUCAUAAAAGCUCUCAUAUAUUAGAUUAAGGUGAAAAUGAAGAUUGGGAUGAGCUUUAACCUAUCCAAAGAAGACCUUUUUAUUUUUAUUUUUAUUUUUCAAGCAGAUCAAUUGUAUUUAUUCCCUUAUUUCAUGUUUCCAUAAA